AUCAGCUGACCGAGUGCAGCAGCAGAAAGUGGAGCUAUGCUGUGGUAAAUUUCUGUUCUGACAUGUCAAUUCGUCUCUAAAUGUUCAUCCGUCUUCAGCGAGGGAAAAAAGAGGAAUGCCAACAGAAGGUAGAGCAACUUACUGGUAUCUGAAAACAGUCAGAGGAGGGUGGAAGGAGUUGUUUCUCAACACAGAGUGAGACAUGGGCUCCGAGUACCGACCUCUGUCUCCGGCAGAGUCAUGUAGAAGCUUGUUUAUAGAGACAUCAGAGUGCUUUAUAUGCAGGGAUGGUGAACUUAAAGCCAGUGACCCGCUGAGGAAUUUCUGCGACUGCAAGAAUUUACUUGCCCAUCACGUGUGUCUGUCCACAUGGAUCCAGAGGGGAUGUGGGAGUGAAGACAGAGCGCGAUGCAUCAUCUGCAAGGCCAAGUACCAGCUGCAGAGGAGUUCCCCGUGGCGGUCGGUGAGCUUCCAGUGGCAGACGUGGCUCGUGCUGAUCACGGCGACCGUUUUGAUGAGUCUGGUGCCCUACGCUGUUUACUGCAUGAUGACGGCCUUCACCAGCCCUCCUCCUCCCAGCACCUUUAAAGUGGCAGCAAUUUUCUUCGGUAUACUGACAGAGACCCUGCUCAUCAAGUGUCUGUGGAGUUACUUCAGCUCUCGGUACCGGCAGGCGGCGCAGAACUCCUUCGUAGUCCAGCCCAGAGGCUCGACGGAAGACAGAAGCAACCCCGGCCUCUGGGAUCGGCCUGAGGCCGCCUCGGCAGGUCGCGCUUCAUCAGCAGCCUCACCCACUCACAUGGAGGAGAGGAAAGUGGAUGUGUUGAAGAGUGGAUGCCUCAGCCUUUUCUGAACCAACAACAGAAGGAGUUUACAGAUUACAGGGUGAGAGUAAAUCCUUGGGGAAUUAGAUGUGUCUGAGAGCCAUUGAAGCUAUCGCAUCAGUAUAUCAGUGUGGCAUUUAUAAGAAGUUACACUUGAAAACCUAUUUUUGAGGUGUCAAAUAUUCUUGUUUUCCUUACACUCUCACUCGUUUCAGUGGAUAUAUUCACACAUGUUGCAAAUUGAUAACAAGGAAGAGAAUGCACGCAGGCAGCAUGAGUGUAUUCAGGCUUAGAGAGGGGAAAAAAAGCCUGAAAUUACUCCCUUUCCUUAAUGAUGCCCACACAGAGACAAUGGGGCGCCGCUCUGAUUAGUGUCACCUGUCCUUGUGCAUCUCAUCAGCUCCAUUAUGGCUCCAUCUCCCAUGCUUCUUCUGCUAAUUGAAUAGCCUGUGAAGUGGUGACGAGGACGGGGGCGAGAGCAACGUCUGUCCCGCUGCUGCUUCAGAAAUGAGACUAAAGCUUCCCAGAGAGACACUAGUUCUUAAAACAUAAACCAUUAUUAUACAGACAGAAAACGUGCUAACAAGUCGCUCUCAUGUUAUAUUACCAUCACACUGUCUGCACAUUAUUUUCACCUAUAACUGCUUGGAAUUAACAUUUUGGGCCAUUUGCAGCAAAAGAGAUGGAUGAGAGGAAUGAUAAUCAAACACACAUCUGUUUAUUAAAUAUAAAAUUAUUGCUGGUUAGGUUAGCUUAGCACAAAGUCUGGGAACAUAGAGCCUGGCUUUGAUGAAAUCUGCAUACCAGGUGAGCUCUGAAGCUCACCCCCGACCCCCGAUAUGUUGUGUCUUUGGUCUCUUCCAAAACUGACGUUGUGGGCAGUUGAAAAUGGUGUAAGACAGACAUUAAUCUAUCAAGUGCAUCUUUUUAGCCUGCUGUUCCUGAUGACUGUCACCAAUCAGCUUUGCAACUGCUAGAUGAAUCAUGUAAAAUAUUAAAUAGUACCGAUUCCCAUCUGCCACGGUUGCAGCCAGCGGGUCCUGGUGAAUAAACUGCUUUUCUGGAGGAGAGACCUAACAUGUUGAUUGCACAAUUACCUUGCUUGGUGUAAGUUUGCAUUACUUUCAAAUAAAGUUUCCCAUAGCAGCUUCCCACAAAACCUUUGAAUAGUUCACUUUGAAUAGUUUACAUCAGAACAACCCACUCAGACAUCAGCAGGUGCUUCUUCUUUAUUCAAAGCAGCUGUCAGUCACAGCGAUCUGUAAUGAGGACAAAUAAUCUUAUUAUAGCAUCAAAUAACUUAUAAUCAGCAUACUGAUAACAAAAAAUAUUAACAUCAGUGUUAUGGCAAGUUCCUGCAAUAGGAAACUAUUUUGUUUUGGGGAGCGGGGGGGGGGUUAAUUAAAGGUUAUAUAAAGGUUAUUCCUGGAAGUAAAUAUAGUGCAAUUUUGGGAGAUUGUCCGGGAUUCAUUUACAUGUUUUUAACGGGGGGAGAAACUGAAGCUCCAAGGAGGGUAUUAGACCUGCACUCAGAAGGACUCUUAACCUCCAAGCUGUCACCUGAGUGAUGACACGUUGAUGACAUCAUCCAGGUUUUGAGUGGAGUUCUCCUUCAGUAUUCGCUCAAAUGUGCUGUAAAUUGGUGUUCCUGUAUAAAUGUGUUUCAUAGGAAACUGUCUUGUAUAUUAAACAGUAAAAUAACUGA